UUUGCCGUCUAUUCAAGCGUAGUAGCCUCCUGGCAGCUCUCUCAUUCCACUCCUCCUUCCCCUUCCCCUGUCUUUCCCAGGCAUAUCCGUGUUGCAGAUGAGCAGAGAGUGGCGGAAGUCUGGGAUCUGUUGCCUGGAGAUGAGAGGUAUCUGUCACAGAAGAGUGGAUCAGGACUUGUGAAUUGCAUGCGUCCUCUCUCUGUGACACCCCAGGCUAGUGCUGUCUGAGAGAGGCUGUAAGACUUGUUUGUUGUGGGUCUGAGUUGCAGCACCCAGAUUGACAAGUCACUGGAGGGAUUACGCCGUGUGCUGUAAGCCGUCUAUCUACAUGGCAAUAAUGAGUUUUUUUUCACCCAGACUGACUUAAAGCCCUACUAGCUAACUGAUCAUAUGAUACCCCUUGAGAAAGCUUGAAAGGAUGGAGCGCCAGCCCAGCAGCCUGACAGGAAAUGAGAAAUGAGCACCCAAACAGGAAGUGUGGCCAAGCAUUGUCCCGGAUGUCGGUUAUGUGACGGCAGCACCGGAAGCUGUAACCAACCACAGGAGUCUACCAUGACAGCAUCAUUGUGACCUAAUUCCGAGAUGGAUAACCUGCCCUGCACAGAGUAAUGAGACUGAACUAAGCUGAACCGUAUCUCUCUGCUUAGGACUGAGUGAAGAGAGAGGUUAUGGAGGAGGCUAUGGUGUGCUCUCCUCUCCCAGACCUCAAGGAGCCAGACAGCCAGACAUGGACCUCCAUGGAGCUCCUACCCCCGAGCAGGCCCCUGGAGGAGGCUAUUCGGUGGGGAGAGAUGGAGAAGCAGGUGAACGAGGCAGACAGGGAGAAAGAGGACAACUCUCCUGAAACUGGAAGGAUCUCUGAGGAGCCAGAGGAGCACUGGGACUCCAUGACUUUACCUGUGUACCCCAUGACCUGUCCCAGUGUCCUUCUGUCCUUUGCCACAGUGCAGUGGGACAUGCCUGACCUUUCCCCUGACACACCCUUCCCCAUGACUGACAACAGCUUGGCCGAUGAGCUGGAUUCCAGUGGAGCAGCCAGUCUGGACUGGACUGUGAACCCGCUGUCCCUCCUCCACCACCACCAGCAGCAGCAGCAUCAAUCCUGUGUGACAGUGAUAAACAUAGAGCUGUCUGUCCAGGAGAAGACAGAGAAGCACAAUAGACCGGAACAGCAGUUGCCUCUGGACAGUGAAAACUCCCAUCCGGCAUGUGAUACACCGAGCCCAGAUGUGGAGGCUUCAGCACAACAGCUAUUUGAGGAACAUGACUCUCUUUCAGAAAGCUCUACACGGCAGGAGACAGAGAAAGGGAUGGGACAGCCUGUGACAGAAGAUACUAUCCCACCCUCUGACAGAGCUCCUAGCCCUGUACAGACAGGAGAGUCAGAGACUGGGCUGGAUAGUGAGAGUCUAGACACUGUACUGGGAGAGGAACAGGAACAGACUAGCAGAGUGCUAACAAUACUGAUCAAUUCAGAGCAAGGAUCAAGCUCUACGAACUAUGAGAAGGAACAGGCUGUAACUAAUUUAGCUUAUAAUGGAGACGAGCAGAGAAGUGACGAGCAGACAGAACAGACCGAGCAGUCAGAGGGGAGGGAACAGUCAGAUAGUGAGGGGGAAUCAGAGACUAUAGAACUUGAGCCAGCUGAACUGAAAGAACAGUCAGAACUCACAGAGAAGUCUGAACACAGUGGGCAGUCCGAGCCUAACCACACAAAACAGAGUGAAUACAAAGACGACACCGAGACAACAGAGCAGCCAGAAGAGUCUGAGCAACUUGUAGAGUCCAACCAGGUAGAGCAUUCAAAUCAGUUAGGGGAGGAAGAACAGCAAACUGAAGAGACCCAUUUACAACAUGCAGAACAGACAGACGAGAUAGACCAGUCAGAACAAUCAAAAGAAUCAGAGCAGACGGAUCAGUCAGAGCAGACAGAAUGUUUAGAAUCAAAACAAUUGCAACAGACACAACAUUCUCAACAAACAAUGUACUCAGAGCAGACAGAAUUUUCAGUGCAGACGGAACCACAGACAGAAACAUCACGGCAGAUGGAACACUCAGAAGAUUCUGAGCAGUCAAAACAAUCAGGGGAGACAGAACAGACGGAACAGUCAAGGGAUUCUGACCAGUCAAAACAAUCAGAGCAGACGGAACAGUCAGAGCAGACGAAACAGUCAGAGCAGACGGAACAGUCAGAUCAGACAGAUAACAAACCAGUACAUUCAAAGCAGUUAGAUCUAUGUUUCCAUUGCACAGAGGAACUUGAACAGUCAGACCAUACAGAAGAGCAGAAACAGUCAGAGAUUGAACAGCCAGCGCAUACUGAACUGACUGAGUUGACAGAAGAGGAUGCGCAGACAGAGCAUUUCAAGCAGGUAGAAGAAUUGGAACCAAAAGAGUAUAAAGAGGAUUCAUGUUUGCCGCCCAGGGAAGGAAGUUUAGAGCAACUGGAGUCUCAGGUACAGCAAACAGAGGCCUCAGAACCAGUGGUGGUCCAUAUGAAUGGUGGAGUUUUGGACAGGGAGAAGGCCUGCAGGCUGGCUGAAAGACUCUACAGGCUGGAUGGGAUCCACAAGACAGAUGUGGUCAAACACCUGGACAAAGACAAUGGCUUUAGCCAAGCUGUUGGGCAGGAGUACCUCAAGUUCUUUGACUUCACCGGUCAGAGUCUGGAACAAGGCCUGAGGUCUUUCCUGAGGGUGGUGGUGCUGAUCGGUGAGACCCAGGAGAGAGAGCGAGUACUGCAGCAUUUCUCCUGUCGCUUCCAGCAGUGCAACCCUCACACCUUCUCUUCAGGAGAAGUACUCACACUCACCUGUGCUGUGAUGCUUCUGAACUCUGAUCUGCAUGGACAGAAUGUGGGUAAAGCCAUGUCUGUGUCCAGCUUCGUGUCCAACCUGGAUGGGAUGAAUGAGGGUGAGAACUUCAGCAAGGAGCUGUUAAAGGCUCUCUACAACACCAUUAAGAACGAGCCUCUGGAAUGGGCAGUUGAUGAGAAGGAACUGAAGAGCUCCAUGCUGUUGGUGGAGGACGCUAAAGAGGACGCACCCUUGCGCUCCAAGAGCAACCCGUUCCAAGAUGUGCCUCAUGACAAGAAGGCCACAGUGUUCAAACAGGGCUUUCUCAAACGCAAGGCCCACGCUGACAUCGAUGGCAAACGCACUCCUUGGGGGAAGAGAAGCUGGAAGACCUUCUAUGGAGUGCUGAAGGGAAUGGUCCUCUACUUACAGAAGGAUGAGUAUAAGAUGGAGUGGCAGAGUACAGAGGAGGUGGUCAGUGUGCACCAUGCCCUGGCAGAGCAGGCAGCAGACUACACCAAGAGACCACAUGUCUUCCGUCUGCAGACUGCCGACUGGAGGAUCUUCCUCUUCCAGGCCUCCUCCACAGCAGAGAUGAGUUCAUGGAUCAGCCGUAUUAACCUGGUGUCAGCCCUGCACUCUUCUCCUCCCUUCCCUGCUGCCGUGGGCUCUCAGAGGAGGUUCUGCAGACCCAUCCUGCCUGCCUCCCAGUCUGCUCACACACUGGAGAGACAGCUGCAGUCCUAUGCUCGCAUGCUGCUGUCCUUCCAGGAGGACCUGGCCUACCUGCAGCAGAGUCUCCCUGAGAGCCGCAGGGCCAAGGCCAAGGAGCUGGAGGAACACCGAGUCAGAGAGGAGUACCUGCAGCAUGAGAAAUGUCGCUACGAGGCCUAUAUCCAGAUGCUGGAGGUCUGGAAGGGUUUGAACCAGUCAGUCGACACUGAGGUGGGAACCAGCGAGCUCAGCCUGUUUGACAGAGCUGUGUGUAAGGAUACAGUGGAUGAAGAGGGAGAGGAGGGAACCCUGAAGAAGUCCUACUCCAGCCCCUCCCUGGAUCUGGAGAUGGCCUCGCCCCACGUGGUCAAAGUCAAACGCAACAUCUCCGAAAGACGGACCUAUCGCAAGAUCGCCAUACCUCGACGCAACCGGGACAUAUGAGAAAAGGUGCCCAAAAGGGAUUAAAAUAUGACUCUUACAUGAGUUUUUAAAUGGCUCUUUUUAGGACAUAGACACAAUGUGUUACUUCUAAGCACUGUCCUUUUAGUUUUCAUUUUCGGGCAAGAAGGCAAAAGUCAUCAAAAUAGAAUGAAUCAAUCUCAGGGAACUUGUCUUUGUUACAUUUGCUUUACAUAAAAGUAUUUAAUUAAUAUUUGUGGACUUUCAAUUGAACAAAAUUAAUUAAACCUCAGAAGUCAAUGCUCCCUGCUGAGACAGGUCAAGAAGAGUGAUAAUGUUUGUCUCUGAAUGAUUUUAUUCCCUUUAAAAUGCACAUGAACAUAUCUACACCUCUGAAUUUGCUGUGAUAUGUUGAGAUUCGGGUUUAUUUCUAUUAGAAAUGUAUCUCUGCAGUUACAAAAUGUUACUUGUCUGCGCCAUGUGGUCUAUGUAUGCAGUGUGCAAUUGUAACCUCAAGAGGGUGCUAUACAACAGCAUAUUACACAUGAAGGCAUGUACAGUUUGAAAAAUCAUCAAAAUUAUGUCAAUAUGCUCAUUUUAGUUCUUGUAUCUUUUAUGUAAUUUUAUAUAAACAUAUUUGGAUUGCAUCUCCAUGAAAGACUAACACUAGCAUAAUAUUACACUAUAAGUAUCACAAUUAUUUUCUGAGAACAAAGUUUAUGAUAGUUAAUUUAUUUCAAUCCCAAUUUGCCUUUUUGAGUUUAGUUCAAUUAUCCAUGCCAAUUCUUUGAGCGGCCAGUCACAUAUCCCCUUGUAAUAGGAAUGGCAUAAAGGGAAUUAAUAGCAGACAAAGACAACUUUUUGAUCUCUCUCGGUGGCACAUAGAGGAUUUCUGGGCCGUUUUGUUCUCUUUCAGAGUGACAUCUUCAGCCGCGGUCAACCUGGAGUGUCUCAAUAAAGAACAGGAUGUUUCAGAAGACCCCCACAUUGCUCCUUAAUGUCACUGUUGUGGAUGACACACAGGAAUGUGAUGUGACAAUAAGUAACACAGUUAGGGGCACAGACAAUACAGAUGGGGCUAACCUUGUCUCACUGGGCUGGUCUCUUCAGGAUCAAGAUUGGUAGCUUUAACAGGAACAUACCUACGUUCAUAAAUAAAUUAUACAUACAUAAUUUUAUUGGGAACCAACUACUAGGGCCCAGAGUUUUUCUUGUUCAGGUCACUUGGUAAGGAUAAAGGAGGGGCCCUUCUUAUGAGACAUGGGUUCAUCAAAUAUGUCAUUUUAUGAUAUUGCUGAUACAGGACCUGGGUUAAUGUGAUAAUGCUUAUGUGUAUGUAUUUUCUGUGAAAAUAGUUCCUAUUCAAUUAUUUUAAUAACAACAGACUAUUAAGAUGAAGUCAGAUUCUAAAGAUGUGGAUGAUUGAUUGAGCAAAUGAUUGGCAGGAGCAUCAGGCCAUGGCAAUGCGCCAGGUGUGUCUGCCUGAUAAACUGAAAAGACGCCAUCUUGGAAAACCUUCAUAUUAUUGGUCUGUUGUACAUGAAUUGUAACAGUAGGAGAAAUCCAAAAUACUGCUGUUCUGGGGCAAUGUUAACCUGUUAAAACACAUGAGACCUCAUUUAUCAAUCAUGCAUAGGCACAAAUCUAGAUGUAAAUCAUGCGUGGGAUUAUUUUGACGCAAAGUGUGAGAUUUAUCAAUAUGACUGGUUGAUUGAGAGUGUGCGUAGAUUUACACACAGCCAUGACCAUGCAUACGCACAGGGCCAAGUGGUGGAAUAAGGGAACUCCUUGUCAAGAGUAAAAUGGGGAAAAUGUAUGUUGAAAAUGUGUGAAAUUGAGAGAGUAAUAAUUAAAUAAAUGUUUGAUUUCA